AUGGCGGGUUUUGGACGAUUUAUAUUUUUUCUGUAUUCGGAAAAUUUGUUGUACGCAAGAAAUUACUCAUUAAACUUUCAUCACAACAUCUCAAAGAAUGCAUUAAAAUCUAUAAAAGAAACUAUUUUUCCACCAAAACCAAAAAGACCAGAAGCUUCUUUCUUUUUAUACAUAAAAUAUGUUAAACCUAAGCUUACUGUGGAAAAUCCACAUAUAAAAUAUUCUGAUGUAAUAAAGAGAGCAUCUAAGGAAUGGGCAGAAUUAGAUCCCGUUGAGAAGCAAAGAUAUCAAAUGCAGUAUUCUAAAAAUUAUGAGAUAUAUAUCCAACAAUUGAAAGAAUAUAAUAAGUCUAUAACUGAUGAGCAAAAACACUUGUGGGAAGAAAAAGUGAAUGAAUAUAAGCAGAUUAAUAAACAAGUUGAUAAUAAACGGAAAUGUAAGACGUUUGGUAAACCGAAAAAACCAUCAAGUGCAUUUUUGUUAUAUUUAUCAUCGAUGAAAAAUGAAAGAGAUCCAAGUGUACCUUUUAAGACUUGGGUGGAAUCAAUGACUAGAAUAUGGAAUGGACUACCAGAUACAGAAAAGGAAGUAUACCGUAAGCAGGUUGCACGACUAAUGGAACAAUACCGUAAAGAUUUGGACGAGUGGGAGACAAAAAUGAUCCACUUGGGUCAUCCUGACAUUGUAAGACUUAAAACUGUAAAGAAAUAUGAACACAGCAAAAGUGAAGAACAAGAAUAA